CAGCGUUUGUUCAAGCAGGCAAUUUCUUUGACAAAUUUAACCAUUGAAAAAGGGUAUUUGGCCCAACUUCUUCGUCAAAAUCUACUAUAAAAAGGGUUACAUCCGCAACAGAUCGUGAAUCUCGUCGCGCCGCCGCCACUUCCACAGCUCAUCUCCCCAUCGCCCCUUGGUGGUCAAAUUCAUUACAUUCAUAAUGGGGAGAAGACCUGCUAGGUGUUACAGGCAGAUUAAAAACAAGCCAUACCCGAAGUCACGAUUUUGUCGGGGUGUCCCUGAUCCUAAGAUCAGGAUCUAUGAUGUUGGAAUGAAGAGGAAAGGAGUUGAUGAAUUCCCAUUCUGUGUCCAUCUCGUGAGUUGGGAGAAAGAAAAUGUGUCCAGUGAGGCUUUGGAAGCAGCUAGGAUUGCUUGCAAUAAGUAUAUGACCAAGUUUGCUGGGAAGGAUGCAUUCCAUUUGAGGGUUCGGGUUCACCCCUUCCAUGUUCUUCGGAUUAACAAGAUGCUUUCAUGUGCUGGAGCUGAUAGGCUUCAAACUGGUAUGAGAGGUGCAUUUGGCAAACCACAAGGAACCUGUGCGAGGGUGGACAUUGGUCAGGUUCUCCUUUCAGUUCGCUGCAAGGACAACAAUGGACAGAAUGCACAGGAGGCUCUCCGACGAGCUAAGUUCAAGUUUCCCGGUCGUCAGAAGAUCAUUGUUAGCAGGAAGUGGGGCUUCACGAAAUUCAGCCGAGCUGAUUAUCUGAAGUACAAGGCAGAGAACAAGAUUCUUCCAGAUGGUGUUAACGCUAAACUUCUUGGAUGCCAUGGGCCUCUCGCAAACCGUCAGCCUGGAAGAGCUUUUCUAUCUCAAAAUGCCUAGAUUCAUUUUGUUGUGUUUUAUUGUUCUCUUUAUUUGGAAUCAUUGUUGACAUUAUUACCUUGGUUGUUUAAACUCUUGUGAAACAAAGCAGAGAUUCCUUUUCUAUACUAUUUUGAUCUUUCAUCCAAGUAAAUCGUUGUCUUCUUUUGAAA